UGCUGCUGGCGGCGGCGAGUCAGUCCGUCGACGUCGCUCUCGCUGCGAGCAUCUCUCUCUCUCACUUGUACUCGCACCUUCUAUAUCCGCAGCCCUGUCUGUAUACUCGCGGCUGCGUAUAUACAUAAGCUCUGUACGGUGUUCUCGCGGUCGUCGCGACGGAUUUUUGAAUUUCCCGCGCGCGGGACUGUGUUUUUUUUUGAAUUUUCGAGCACGGCGCGUCAUCGCGCGUGCACGAGAACUGUGGCCUUCUUCGCAGGGGAGAAACUCUAGGCAGUGUCGAGGAGACAGUGCGAGUGUCGCAGAGAUAAAAAGCGGCGGUUAAUACGCGCGCGAGUGCAGCUGAUAACGGUCGCGUUCGCGCGACGACAAGUGUUGGACGGCGCGGCAAGUCUCUCUCUCUCUCUCUCUCUCUCUCUCUCUCUCUCUCUCUCUCUCUCGCACUUCGACAGACAGACAGGCAGACACGCACUGCGCUGCAGUAUACGGCACAGAGUCGAGCGGAGUGCACGUGGCGCCGCGAGCCGCGCGCUAAACGGCAGUCAUCCUUUCCGCGAAUGUCGCAUACUCACCGAGUGUCCUAUACAGACGGAUAGGGCCGAAGAAUCGCGAGGAUAGGUCCGCUGAUCGAGAAGAAGCCGAAGCCGCAGUGAAAGCUCGAACCGCGCAAGAGCCCAAGAGUCGGGACUGACGCGAUGCUGAUCAUCUCGUCGGAGCAGAGCAUCCGCGGGCGCAAGCAGCACGAGGCGCUGGGCUACUGCACUGGGCUGCUCGGCUCCUCCUUACGGGCCUGCUAAGAUGACCGCGCGCGUACACUCGGCCAGGCAUCAUCAGCAAACGCAUCAGCAGCAGCAAAAUAGUCAGCAGGAGGUGAAACAAGCCACAACAGCAGCAGCGUCGGGAGCAGCAGCAGGGGGUAGCAGCAGCAGCACCGCGACAGGAAGCAGCUCGGCCGCGACGGCGGCGGCGGUCGUUGCGGCGGUUGCCCGACUGCACCAGCAUCAGCUGCAGCAGCUGUUCGUCGAGGAGUCGAGCACCAGCCCGAACCCCAGUCCCUGUACGACGCCGAGUCCCGGUCCCAAACUCGCCGACGGACGCAGAGCGAACAAACCACUGAUGGAGAAGCGACGCCGAGCCCGGAUCAACCAGUCGCUGGCGGCUUUGAAGGCGCUGAUCCUGGACAGCGCGAGGCUCGAGAACACGAAGCACAGCAAGCUCGAGAAGGCGGACAUACUCGAGCUGACGGUGCGUCACCUGCAGAGGCAGAGGUCUCUAGCCCAGCCUGGACUCUCCAGGUACAAGGCCGGCUACCAGGACUGCUCCAGAGAGGUGAGCCGCUACCUCGACGCGCCGGACAUAAUAACCGGCAACACGACGCCGCUGGAGCCGGCGUUCAAGCAGCGUCUGCUCCGACACCUGGACAGCUGCGUCUCGGAGCUCGACCUCGACCUGGGCUCGAGGCCGGACUCCGGCCUCGGCUCGAGUCCCGGCAGCGUGACGGACCGAGUCCUCGGUCCUGCUAGCCCCGGACCUCUGGACCCCCACCAGCAGGCGGUGGCCACGGCCGCGGCCGCCGCUGCGGCGGCCCACUGCAGCGCGGCCCUCGGCGCCGCUCUGAUCAAGCAGGAGAUGCCCGAGCUCGUGGAGGCCGCCAGAGCCGACAGCAGCACCGCCCCCGGGGACGAGAACAACAACAGCAGCAGACCCACCUCGGCCUUCGCGCCGAUGCAGCCCGGCGCCGUGCCCGUGGUGCCCGGGAUGGAGCAGCCCGGGAGCAGCCAGCCCAACAGCAUGCUGUCCGUCGUCCAGGUGAUCCCCUCCCGCCUGCCCGACGGCCAGGUGGUCUUCCUGCUGCCGAGCCACUACGUGCAGCUGGCCGCGGCGGCGGCGGCCAACGGCAUCAGCAUCGGGCCCAACCCGCCGACCGCGAUCUGGGCCGCGACGAACAUGUCCCUCCUGAAGGCGACGGACAAGCUGAUCAAGAGGCCGCUCUGCGACGAGCCCCAGCAGGACUGGCCCGACGCCGCGGCCCUGAGCGCCGGGCUCAAGCCCCCCAAGAGUCCCCGGGUGGAGGCUCCGCCGACGGAGCAGCCCCUCGACUUCACGACGAGCAGCGCGAAGAAGCUGAAGGCCGCCGCGGCGAGGUACAUGGCCCAGCAGCAGUGCGAGGCCGCGACGGCGAUGCUCGGCUACCCGGAGGACCGGCCGCCCCCUAGUCAGCCCGUCGAGGCGUCGGUCAAGCCCGAGGAGAUGUGCGCGAAGCCGGGCCUGCCCAAGCAGGAGCUGCCGGCGGUCCCGGCGACGACGACCCUCCUGCCCGAGGCCGAGAGCAACAGCCGGGGGAGCCCGCCCGAGGGCGUGCAGCCGGUCAAGGACGAGGAGGGCAUGUGGAGACCCUGGUAGAUAGCCUGCAUAUGGAGUUAUAGAGCCCGGCGCUUCUGUGUAUGUCCAGAGACUCUGGCGCGUCGUCGAGAGAAAUAGAGAUAGAGAGAGGGAGAGACAGACACGACGUACGCUGCAAGUGUAUCGCUUUGUUAGUUUGUAGUGCACCGCGAGCGCGCCGAGAGAAGGGCGACAGACCCUUUCGUAUACGCGUAGAGCGCGCAUCGGACUCGCACCCACUGCGACUUGAACAACGAAACGUCGUCUGUUUUUCCGUCAACACCCUUCCCUUUCGACGACUCUAAGCGCACGCGUAUGACGUACCGCGUACACAAUGUGUACAGAGAAGAGCUGUGUAUAAGAGAGAGAGAGAGAGAGAGUCGUGCGCAUAGCGACGUUCGCGAUUUUCCCCGAGUAUUACAACUUGAUACAACAACGUAGUCUGGUUUUCGUCGCUCCCGCACGAACCUACUGUGUACAUAUAGAGAUGCGCGCCGCAUCGAACUACGAGGAUAUGAAUAUUGCAUAGAUUUAUUUUAAUGUUAUCUAGGUGUAUAUCGAGAGCGAGAUAGUGACGAUUAUUAUCGUGUGUAUAUUGGGCGGAUCGAGUGAGUCGAGUGAGAGAAGAGAGUACGGAGAGAAGCGAGAGUAUAAGAUGUGAAAGGUGUGUAGGUAGGAAGUUACUUGGUAAUUCCACCGUUUUAAUUGUCUCUGUAAUUGCUAAAUAUGUAAUUGCGAUCCGGUCUCAUAAAAUUCAAUGUACUUAGUGACGUGCAGUCAAUACACGCAAAUAUUGAACUACGCAAA